AAAUAUAUUUAUGAAAGUGUUGUCUUUCCAAUGUCCCACCUCUCGACGAUCAAUGCCUGCAAGCUCCUGCUGUUUCGGCGGUGCCUGCAGGCCGUGCUGCUGACCGUGGGCAUCCAGUUCCUGCUGCUGACUAUCUUCCUGCUGUUCGUUAACUUUCAAUUGCUGCGACCGCUUCAUUGGAUCUCGGUCACGCUGAGUCUGGUGUGCAGCAUGUACACCUGGUUCGCUAGCAUCCCUCUCGUCGGAGCGGUUGUCCUGUACGGCGUGAUCCUGUGCCAGCAGCACUUGGCCGAGAGACUGUAUUGCCCCACCCGCUUCCGCUGGCUGGUGCACUAUGCACCCCGCAAGCUGCUCUUCCUGGCCGCUCAUCUGCUCGUGGGCUACCUUACGGCGUGGUUGUACACUGGUUACAUGCACACGGACUAUCGGCAUCUGUGGUACAAGUGCUAUGAGCAGGACUGCAUAAGCGCCUAUCACGUGUACCUGCUGGGCAUGGGCAUCUUCGCGGGCUGCUAUUACUUCGUCUCGGUUCACAUGCGCCAGGAGGUCGAAAUAGAGUUUCCCAUAGUGAAUCAUUUAUGGGGCGAGAAGUUGCGAGAGGUGCUCUACAGCAGUCUGGCCCGAUCAUUGAUCAAGUCGCUCCUGCCCACGCUCGCCUACACCCUGCUCUUUUGGCUGUUCGGUGGUGUGGUGUGCCACAAGUUGAGUCACAUCUUUGCAGUGGAUUUGGAUGAGCGACUGGAGGGAUUUUUUGGCGUGGCCACCAAUGGGCGGCUGCUCUUCUACGGCUGGCUACUCACUUCCCAAAUUCUAAGCAACAUGGAUCUCAUGCGCUGCUUCUACAGCAUGUUUCUGUCCGAGGAGUUUCCCCUGGCUAUCACCAAAAAUCGGGCUGCCUUUGUCCAGGAGAAGGAGGUAACCGUGGUCGCUGCCCUCGGCCUGUCCAACGUAUACGUGGUCCAGUGCCUGGCUGCAAAAUAUCUGUACAAUCUGGUUACUGCCGGGGACUCGGAGAAACGAUCGGAACUGUUCCAGCUAACCGAGCCGGGCAAUCGUCCAGCCAACUGGCGUUCACUCUGCGACCAAUGCCUCAGCCUUUUCGGGAACUUCACCGACGAACUGAUCGAUUCCAUGCAGAAGAUAAGUGUUCUCAAAGGUUCCCCAAGCAGUCCUCCGUUGACGCCGAUCAGCGAGAGCGCCAGUGCUAGUCUAAUGGCUGAAAGAGUGCUCACACGCCAGUACAACCAGAUGCACGGCAUUCGUUCGAUGGUCUCUCCGAGGAGCAAUGCUGUCAUCGAUCGACCCGUGGACAGAAUACAUCGCGUGCCCGAUUGGUGUGAACGCACCUCCAUGCAGCUAGAACAGUCUCUACAGCUUCUGAUCAAUCGUAUUCCCGGCAUUGUCUAUAUGUUCACCGAGCCCGAGGGCGCAAAGACUACAUUCUUGUUGACCCAUUCGCUGCCUUUGGUGUUCGUGAUCCAGGCUUUGUCCCAGAUAUGCGUGUUCUCGCUGACAGAGGAUCGCUAUGGUGUGGUGCAGACCGAUCUGCCGGACAUCAUAAGGUCGAUGAGUCGCCUGAAGGGAGAGCUGGACAAGUUGAGCAGCGUGGCGAGCAACCUUAGGGGUCCGGGCUCCAGCUUCAGCGUCCUGCGCGGUGCUGUGCGUCGCAGUCUUUUUCACAUUUGCGUCGCUUUCGGUGAAUACCUCAGCGAGCUGAUACCCUCUGGAGAAGAGCUACACCAGCUCCAGACAGUGAUCAAUCAGGAGUAGCCGCCGCGACGUGACUGUUUCUGCUACUCAUCCACACGCAACGAUUCACACACACAUUUUGUAAACUGUUCUGCAUCUCUCUUUAGUUUUGUUUGGUAACAAUAAAAAUUAAUAAAUACAA